UAUAAAUAUUGUUAAAUAGAAAUUGAAUAGAAUAUUGAUAGAAGAUUAAAUGAAUACAAUGAAUUGAACAUUAUGAAUGAUACUUUGGAUUAUUUUGCGGAAUCUCAAAUAGAGAAUUUCGUAGUUGAAAAUUUAUUGAAAACACAAGAAAAUACAGUGAAAAGUUUACAACAAAAAGAAAAUAGUGUUCUAUUCGACGAUUCUUUAUUUUUGCAAGAUUACAAUUCCCAAGUGUUCCAUAGUAUAGAAGAUGAUACAGAUUUAUUCAUCGAAAAAGCCUGUGGGGAUAUCCCUAGCCAGUGUACAGAAGAGACUUCUCAAAAAAUAUUAUUAUCUUCAGGAAGUUGUGAAAAUAAUAUCAUAGAGACACAACAACAAACAGGCAUAGAUACCCCUGUUGAUCAGAAUGUUGGACUAGAAAAAAAAAUCAUUGGAACUAGCCAGGGAACUAGUUUUUAUUCUUGUAAUUCACAAACUGAAAUAUCCAAGAAUCUAAAAAAAUUGAAUGAAAAUGCAUGUUCUAUGAACUCCCAAAUAAUAAAUAAUGAACAAAUUGUAGAAAUAUCAUCAAGUGUUCAAUUUGAAAAAAAUAUCAGUUCACAGCAUCCUUUUGAAGUUCCAGAGACUCCCUUGGAAAACUUUGAAUCAGAGGAAAUUAUUGAUGAGGAUAUUAAUCACACAAAUUCACCUUUAAUUGAAUUGGAGUCGUCAGAUAAUCAUUAUCUAUCUUCUUGGGGACUGCCUGAAUCAGUAUUAAAGAGUUAUGAAAAACGAAAAAUCACAUCCAUGUUUGAUUGGCAGUUAGAAUGUCUAAGUAAAGAUGGCAUAUUUCAAAAGAAUAAGAAUCUUGUAUAUUCAGCUCCUACUUCUGCUGGUAAAACUUUGGUAGCUGAAAUAUUAGCAAUGAAAUGUCUCUUUGAGAGGAAAAAGAAAGUUAUCUUUAUUCUUCCAUUUAUAUCAGUUGUUAGGGAAAAAGUUUACUAUUUUCAAGAUCUUCUAGGGUCAUCAGGUAAAAGAGUAGAGGGAUUUAUGGGCUCUUAUAAUCCUCCAGGUGGUUUUCAGCCAGUUCACAUGGCUGUUGGUACAAUUGAGAAAUGUAACAGUUUGGUAAACCGCUUGAUGGAGGAAAAUAAACUGGCAGACAUAGGGUUGGUCAUUAUCGAUGAAAUGCAUUUAAUAGGUGAUCCUCAUAGAGGUUAUUUGUUGGAAUUAUUGCUGACUAAAUUGAAGUAUAUAAUGACUAAAAAUACAGAUGUACAGAUUCAGCUAGUUGGAAUGAGUGCCACCCUACCAAAUCUCGAUUCACUUGCUAAUUGGCUUAAUGCUGAUCUAUAUACAACAAACUUCCGACCAAUUCCACUUCACGAAAUGGUUUAUGUCAAUAAAGAACUGUACAACAAUGAAUUCAAACUUUUGAGGCGACUAUCAAGUUUUCCCGACUUAGCUACUGACACUGAUGAUCUCUUACAACUAUGUCUUGAGACAAUAGGAAUCUCCUCGUCUGUUUUGAUAUUUUGUCCCACUAAAAAUUGGUGUGAAAAUUUGGCUCAACAGAUUGCAAUGGCUUUCUGGAGAAUUGGUAAAUCAGAUUCAGAAUUGAGCAAAAUAUUACGUCUUAAUCUGAGCAUUGAAAAAAUAUCUGAAGUCUUAGAACAACUGAAGUAUUGUCCAUCAGGCUUAGAUAGGAUAUUGAAGAACACUGUUGCCUUUGGAGUAGCCUUCCAUCAUGCAGGUUUAACAAUGGAGGAAAGAGACAUAAUAGAAGGUGGGUUCAGGAGUGGAGGUAUCAAGUUGUUGAUUGCAACUUCAACACUCUCCUCGGGCGUUAAUUUACCAGCUAGAAGGGUUAUAAUUCGAUCACCCAUAUUUAAUGGACGUCCUAUCGAUAUUUUAACAUACCGUCAAAUGAUUGGACGUGCUGGAAGAAUGGGUAUAGAUACAGAGGGUCAAAGUAUCUUGAUCUGCCAGAAAUCAGAUUACAAUACAGCAAAAUUUUUAACCCAAUCCUCCCUGAAACCUGUAAAAAGUUGUUUAGAAGAUGUGGGUAAAUUCAAGAGAGCUCUUCUGGAGAUUAUCGCUAGUGGAGUUGCCUCAUCCCCACAAGAUUUAGAAAUAUUUGCCAAAUCAACUCUAAUAUCAACGCAGGACGAUAACAAAAGCUCGGAAAAACUAGACCCAGUAAUGAAAGUAAUUGAAUUUUUGAAAAAUUUCAAUUUCAUCAGAUUGCAAAAAGCGGAAGACGGUACAAGUAAAUAUUUUCCAACUGCUUUAGGUAAAGCAUGCUUAUCAUCUUCUCUUCCACCUGGUGAGGGGUUAGAACUGUUUACAGAAUUAGAAAAAGCGAGACAGUGCUUGGUGUUAGAAACCGAAUUGCAUCUUAUUUAUUUAGUUACACCCUACAGUUCAUGUUACCAGUGGCCAAGAAUUGACUGGAUGCUUUAUUUGGAACUUUGGGAGAAGCUUCCCUUGAGCAUGAAAAAGGUUGGGGAACUGGUGGGUGUUCGAGAAUCAUUCAUAAUAAACGCAACAAGGGGCUCUGUGCAAGAUUCCCCAAAACUUUUAAUCCAUAAAAGGUUCUUUAUAGCCUUGGCUCUGCAGGACUUGGUCAAUGAAAAACCUUUGGAAGAAGUUGCUGCAAAGUUUGUAUGCAAUAGGGGACUACUACAGUCCUUACAGCAAUCAGCUUCAACUUUUGCUGGAAUGGUGACCUCCUUCAGCAGACAGUUAGGCUGGUCCAGCAUAGAAAUUCUUAUCUCGCAAUUUCAGGAUCGCCUCCAGUUUGGAGUUAGUAGAGAUCUGUUAGAUUUGAUGAGACUACCGUGCUUGAAUAGCAAACAAGCAAGAGCUUUCUAUUCUGCCGGAAUUGAAACGUUGAUACAACUAGCCAAUUCCGAUGUAAGUACCAUAGAGAAUAUUUUACACAAAGUAAUGCCAUUUGAAAAUGUUCAAGAAAGAGAGGGAGAAAGUGAGCAUGAUUUCAAACAAAGGAAUAAACUCAGAACAAUUUGGAUUACGGGUAAACAGGGUUUGACAGAAAUAGAAGCGGCAAAUUUAAUACUAAAUGAUGCAAGAAAAUAUUUGGAACAUGAAAUGGGGGUUAAGGACAUAAAAUGGGGUGAAAAAAUGGAUGAACAAGAAUCAGAACAUAAGGAUUCCCCUAUCAAAGCCAUUGAAAACAUUGAAUAUUCUCAAACUAAUAAAAAAGCCUCCACGGAGAGUAAAAUGAAUAUAUCAGUUACACAUUUGGAAAAUAUCAAACUAGAAAAUAGUAUAUCAAAUAAUCAGAGACUUAAAAUUAAUGAAUUUGUUGGUAAGCCUGCAAAUAGCAAACAAUCAAAUCAGGGAAAUAAAAAAACAGGAGUAAAUAAUAACAAUAAUAUAAUACAUGAAUCAAAAGAAAGUUAUAAAACCAAAGAUAAUUCAAAUUUUGAACAGCAAACAUAUAGCCUGGAUAGUGGGAUAUCCAUGCCUGUAGAAAUUCCAAAAAGUAAUGAAUCUAGUUUGCACUCAAGUUCAGAUGAUGAUUUGUUUGAGGAAAGUCUGGAGGAGACAAUUGAAAAAGUAUCUUCCUUAUCUGUUGAUUGUAGGAAAAGAGUUUUCAAACAUAGAAAUGCACCGAAUUCAAAAAAAGCAAAAAUUGAUCAAUUCAACAACAUUCCAGAAAAAUUACAAGAUUACUCCAUUGAUUUCAGAGAAAAAAAAGAUCAAAUGUUAAAACCCAUUGAUUUAUCCAAGUUCUUCAUUAUCGAUGUAUGUAAAUAUAAUCAACUAUAUCAGAGCUUUUGUAUGGAAUUAUUGCAUCAGCGAAACAUAUCUCUGUCUUUGGCUUGCAGUUAUAUAGAAGAUAAUGUACCAAAAAUAGGAUUGAAUAGUAAGAAUAUAACUAAAGAAAGAUAUAAAUACAGUUUUGAAGAUAGGAAACUAGAUGGGGUUGCUGUGACAUGGGAUGGAAAGCAUGUGUUUUAUUUAUUCAUGGAUGAUUUCGGCUGUGAAGAUAAACUCAAUUUACUCAGGAAGUAUCUUGAGAAUAAACAGAAUUGUAUUAAAUUCUUCCAUAGCAAAGAAUGUGUUGUGAUGAUUAAUAGAGCUCUUGGGCUAGAUGUAUAUACCAAAGUAGAAGAUCCCAAAGUGCUAGACUGGCUUCUGGAACCGGAUGGGAAGGAAAAAGAUUUCCACUCAAUGAUAUCGAAAUAUUGCCUGGAAGCUAAAGGUUUAUCAACUGCAAUGGAAUCCUGCAAAGGUUACAGUGGUUUGGGUAUGAACGUAGAAAAUGCGAUAGAGCCUAGAAUGCGAGCAUCUGUGGAAUCUGUUGUAACUUGGAAUUUAAUGGCAGUUAUGAAAGAAAUGGUUUCUGCAUAUCCGAUCAAUUUCCUCAGAACAUUUGAAAUAGAAAUGGAUGUCACUUUAAUAACUGCAAAAAUGGAAUUAUCUGGUAUUAGAAUUGAUUUCUCAGCUGUAGAAUUAUUGAUGUCUUCCAUAAAAUCGAACGUUAAAGCUAUAGAGCAGAAAAUUUUCAGUUUAGCUGGCAGGAAAUUUUCCUUGACCUCUAGUAGAGAGAUUGCCAAAGCUAUAGGUUUAAGAUCAAAUAAAAAAACAAGCACAAAUAAACAAGCUCUGGAAGAGAGUAGUCAUCCCAUAUCAGAUCUUAUAAUACUUUGGAGAAAGUUAUCUUGUUUGUUGAGCAAAAUGCUUUUGCCCUUAUCAAGUUUAAUACCAAAUAACAGAGUGUAUGGCAGGUAUAUAUCCCAUACGUCAACUGGUAGAAUCACAAUGCAUGAGCCUAAUAUUCAGAAUGUGGCCAAAGAUUUCGAGUUUGUUAAUCCAGUCAACAAUGAAAUAGUUUUAAUAAGCUGCAGAAAAAUUUUCAUUCCAAAAGAAAACCACAUAUUCAUAUCAGCCGAUUAUUGUCAACUUGAACUCAGAAUGCUGGCUCAUUUAUCUGGUGAUGAAUUGCUAUGCGGAAUACUGAAAAGAGAUGGUGAUAUUUUCAAGAGUAUAGCAGCAAAAUGGAACAAUAUUACCGAGGAAGCGGUGACAGAUGUUUUGAGGAAUCAAACCAAACAAAUCUGUUAUGGAAUAAUUUAUGGCAUAGGAAGUAAAGCGUUGGCCCAACAGCUCAAAAUCACUGUUGAUGAAGCUGCCACUUUCAUGGAGAAUUUCAAAAACACAUACCCUGGCCUGAAAAUGUACAUACAGAGUGUUAUAGAUUUUUGCAACGAGAACGGAUUCGUUGAAACUAUAUCUGGCAGAAGAAGAAAUUUACCUCUAAUUAGAGACGAUAAUGCAGCAAUAAGAGGCCAUGCAGAAAGACAGGCUGUGAACACUACUAUACAAGGAUCAGCAGCAGACCUGGUGAAGAAUGCGAUGAAGAAAGUUGAGGAUUGUUUCAGUAAUAAUUUCGAUCCCAAAGAAAAACCCACAUUGGUGCUUCAUCUGCAUGAUGAACUCUUAUAUGAGGUUAACAAAAAAUACCUCCUCAAAACGUCCCAUUUAUUAAAAAAAUAUAUGGAAUCAGUUGGUCUUUCUGUGCCUUUCCCAGUGAAGUUGAAAAUUGGUGAUUCUUGGGGUACUUUGAAAGAAUUGUGAUAUUUAUUGAUUUCUCUUUUAUGUAUAGAAUUAUUCAGAUUGGAGCUUUCCACUCUAAUUUUUUUACUGUUUUUAUCAAUAUACUUAUUAUUUCAA